AUGGCAGAUGAAUCCAUCGUUGAGCUUCACCCCUCCUGGGACGUUGCUCUCAUUGUCGCUCACAACACCCAGAAGAAGUUCCUCGUCUCUUCUCAUAUUCUGAGAGUCGCAUCCAGAUCCUUCAACUCUCUUCUUGUCUCUAAGCUUGAGGAAGGCGCCAAGACUCAACCCGAUUUGAAGCCCGAUAUCAUCUUGCGCCAUGACGACCCCGAAGCCAUGGAGAUCAUCCUCUCCAUUCUACACUACAGGCACCAAGACGAGUGGUACAACCUUAGUGCCAAGAUGAUUGCAGUCAUGGCCGUACACUUGGACAAGUACGACUGUUCUGCGUCUCUCAGACUGUGGGUGAAUCACUGGCUCGUCAACUUUGGACAGGUGGAACAUGGGGACGUUAUCUACCUCUUGGCAGCGACUGCGCUCCUCGGCGAGUCGGCAAAGUUCCAGAAGAUGACAAGAUCUGCUAUCUUGUAUCUUCCAAUGAACUUUGACUUCAACGCUUGGUCCGAUGACGAGUUUGUGUCUGCCUUACUGGACAAUAUCAUUCGCAACAUCGUUCGCAAGAUGAAAUCAGUCAAGCGACGUCUGUACGCUCUCUUGCAGGAAACCAUCAUCGACCUUGGACGGAAUCAAUCCGAGAUUGGUCUGAUGGAUACCUCCCGCUGCAGCAAGUGUCUUCGCAUCUACAAGAGAAAUCAGAACACGCAUUGCCCAAACUGCCCACCUACCAGUGGCCAGCAUUCUGAAGUGGGCGACUUCCCAGUCGUCUGUUCUCCCGAGACACGAGUAGCUGAGUGUACGCUCAUGUUCACAAAGUACCAGCUGUACCCGAACGAGAAGGCAUGGCAUGAGGGCACCAUCGCUGACAUCGCCCGCCGCUUCAUCAAGAUCAGGGGAACGAGCACCCACCGGUGUGACUUUGACCAGAGGUGCCCCUUGAAGAAGCGAUUGGGUGAGCUUGACGAUAACGUGGUCGAGGUGAUUAAUGGCAUCCGGGGCUGGAAGCUAAAGCUUUCUACCAUUGACGAUGAUGCAGUCAAGGUUGACGGCGUGGACGAGCCCAGCAAGGAGUUGAAGUGCGAAGCAAAGUAGAGCGGGCAGGUGGUUUUGGCGAAUCUCAAAUGGGAAUUGGGUUAGUUGGUGAAUUUGGCUUUCAGGACAUGGCGUUAAUUGGGCAACAAGAGCAUUUUGAUAUCAGAUCAUCUUUCCAGAUCAGUUCAAGAAGCCCCUUUCAUAGGUUUCCACUCAGC